UAGAUACACCAAUACACACACGCACGCGAUGGCUUCAUCAGCGAUCAGAGCUCGCAGUUCGAAGCACUUUCUCUCUCUGAUCACAGCACAGUAUUCGGCUGCCACCGAGUCGCUGUACGGAAAUGGAAGAGCUUGGGAAUUCGCUCCCUUGCGGAGAUCGAUGGCCACUUUCACUCGAACAAAACCACAUGUAAAUGUGGGUACCAUUGGGCAUGUUGAUCAUGGAAAAACUACAUUGACUGCUGCAAUCACAAAGGUGCUCGCAGAAGAAGGCAAAGCCAAGGCUGUUGCUUUUGAUGAGAUUGACAAAGCACCGGAAGAGAAGAAGAGAGGAAUUACUAUUGCUACAGGCCAUGUGGAGUAUGAAACUGGUAAGCGGCACUAUGCCCAUGUAGACUGCCCAGGACAUGCAGACUAUGUCAAAAACAUGAUUACUGGAGCUGCCCAAAUGGUCGGGGGCAUCCUGGUGGUAUCUGCUCUAGAUGGACCCAUGCCACAGACCAAGGAACAUAUUUUGCUUGCCCGCCAGGUUGGUGUACCAUCUUUGGUAUGCUUUCUUAAUAAAGUUGAUGCUGUUGAUGAUUCAGAGCUACUUGAACUUGUUGAGAUGGAACUCCGGGAACUGCUCAACUUCUACAAAUUUCCUGGGGAUGAAAUUCCUAUUGUUCGGGGUUCAGCUUUGUCUGCCCUACAGGGGACAAAUGAUGAACUUGGAAGAAAGGCUAUUUUAAAACUAAUGGAUGCUGUGGAUGAAUACAUUACCGAUCCUGUACGCCAGCUUGAUAAACCUUUCUUAAUGCCAGUUGAAGAUGUUUUCUCGAUUCAGGGACGCGGCACUGUUGUCACUGGCCGUGUUGAACAGGGUACCAUCAAAGUUGGUGAGGAGAUUGAAAUCCUGGGGUUGAUGGAGGGUGGGCCUCUGAAGACUACAGUCACUGGUGUAGAAAUGUUUAAGAAAAUUUUGGAUCGCGGACAGGCUGGGGACAACGUGGGGCUUCUUCUACGUGGUUUAAAACGUGCUGAGGUACAAAGAGGGCAGGUAGUAGCAAAACCUGGCACCCUUAAAACGUAUAAGCGUUUUGAGGCGGAGAUCUAUGUACUCACAAAAGAUGAAGGUGGCCGCCAUACUGCGUUUUUCUCGAACUAUAUGCCUCAAUUCUACAUGAGGACUGCAGAUAUUACAGGGAAGGUGGAAUUGCCUGAAAAUGUUAAGAUGGUGAUGCCUGGUGACAAUGUGGCUGCAGUUUUUGAGCUCCUUUCAGCUGUGCCUCUUGAAGCAGGACAAAGAUUUGCUUUGAGAGAGGGAGGCAGAACAGUUGGUGCAGGAGUUGUCUCAAAAGUACUUGGCUAAGAUACGGCUAAUGUCACUUAACAGCGAUAUUCGUAUCUACUCAUUUUAGGAAAGAUGUUAACAGAUAUCAUGAGGAUAAGUACAAUUUCAGGUGAUUAGGGACAUGUAGUGCACUUAGGAGUUGACACUUGCUUUAGCCAGUGGUAGAGAGGUGAAUAAGUUGAAUAUUGAUUUAUUUGAAUUACGUGCAGAGAAAUGUUUAUUUCCUUCUUUCUGUUCAUAUUGAAAACUUCUGCAUUUGAGGAAUGUUUCUCGCUUCAUUUAGGAUGAAUUAAGGUCCAUGAAACGAGCAGUGGAAAAUAUCAAUGAUGUCUUUGUGGUUAGGCUUAUUGAUAUCUACUGAUCCUUGUUGAAAUUAUGACUUUCGGCCUUCAGGUCUAGUGUGAAUGAACCUGUUCCUUUAUUGUUC